AUGAAGCUGCAAUGGUCAAUACCCCGGGCGCGACUCCGUGAUGCCCGAGCACAAGGUCGCAGAUACUGCACAACGACGCACCGUCACUACAAGUCCCUGAAUAGUCUUGAAAAUGGCACCCUCGAGACCUUCCAAAAGCAAUGCUUCCAACCCGAGCAACCCGCAAUCCUCCCCCGCGCUACAUUUACCGAUCUCCCCGCAAUAAACCGAUGGUUCAAACCGUCUCCGACAAAUAACUCGAGUCUCAACACCUCCUACCUCCGGGAACAUGGCGCCGAUGCCUUCGUCCCCCUUGAACUCACCGAGUCCGCGACAGAGGGACAGAGCUUCCGCGCCUUCCACGCGCCCCUCAGUUUAUUCCUCGAUUGGAUAGACACGGAAACAACGCCAACCACGCGCCUCUAUCUAGCACAAUGCCAGCUCCUCGAUCUCCCACCGAUCCUGCGCGCCGACUUCCCGACGCCCUCACUCGUCUCACGUGCCGGCAAGGGUGACGUGUAUGACACAAAUGUGUGGAUUGGACAUCCCCCGACGUAUACACCUCUUCACAAGGAUCCGAAUCCGAACAUGUUUGUCCAGCUGGCUGGACAGAAGGUUGUGCGGUUGCUUGCGCCGAAGGAGGGACACGCUAUUUUUGCGGCUGUGCGGGGACAGUUGGGGAAGAGUGGCAGUCAAGAGGCGGCCGCUUUCCGGGGAGAGGAGAUGAUGCAAGGUGAUGAGAGGGCACUGCUCGAUGAGAUGGUUUGGGGAAAGGCUGCUGAAUCGGGCUUUGAGGCGAGGCUCGGUGCCGGCGAUGGGCUGUUUAUUCCUAAGGGGUGGUGGCAUAGUAUUAAGGGGAUUGGUGAGGGUGUUACUGGUUCAGUUAAUUGGUGGUUUAGAUAG